CGCUUCCACUUGAGCAACAUGGACAACGAUGCCGACUGGAGUGCACUGCUGAAAGACCACCCUAUCUUCUCUCAUUCACCGAGCGCUGCUGAUUCUUCCGUAAAAGCCGGAGCCUCACUUGAGCUAUCGCUUGGGUCUCUCUGUGACUUCACCAAAAUAGAUCCUCAGCGAGAUGGACCAGCACCAUCUGGCAGACGCCAGGUCAUGAUCAUCAAAGACUCAGAACUCAUAGUUGCUGUCGGCCAUGAAAUUCGAAUGACUACGCUUUCUGAGUCCAGGUUCGGUGGCUCUGCACGCAAUUCCUAUAAAAUCCUGCACACACCAAACUUGGAAUUUGACAUCCAUGAGAUUGCUCUGAGUCCCCAUGGCAAACUUCUCGUGGUGGCGGGAGCAUUCCAGGUGGCUGUCGUAGUACUUCCUCGAGCCGGAUUCACAAAGCUCGUGCCCUCCACGAUCGAUUGCAAAUGCGUGCAAGUGGGACAGUUCUAUCAUGCGGCGGAUACCUCUCCUCCGAUUGCUAAGAUUGAAUGGCAUCCUUGGGGAGAAGGUGGCACAACCCUAAUGGUCAUGACCACCGACGGAAAGCUACGUGAAUACGACAUUUCAAGAGAUACAGAGGAACCUCAGCAAGUACUCUCUUUUGUCCCGGAGAAGAAGAAGAAUAGUUACAUUGCUGUCGAUGAGAGCGAGAGAGAAGUCGCUUCUUUCACAUUAGGAAAAGGGAGAGCCGACUGGGGCCCCUUGACCGUAUAUGCAAUCAUGAAAAGCGGUGACAUCUACGCUAUAUGCCCCUACAUGCCUCGACAUGCAGAGAUACCAUCUUCAUAUGUACACUCUCUUGAAUGUUUCGUAUCUUCCAAGCAACAAUAUCUCUCAAGGUCACAGGAUGAGGGCUCUCACGCAGACAGUUUGUCUGACCUCUACGAACACCAACACAAGUAUGUGUCAGCAUUGGUCAAGCAGCUCCCUCCUGGGACUGUCUAUCCGGCUGCACCUCGGACAAUCCGCAUGUACCCGCCGACUGUUGUCAAGAAUAUUCCUGUGCGGCAGGGCCCGUUCCUGCUCCAACCAUCGCCUCGCAGUCUGGAGGGCAGUGACGGAGGAGACGCAACCGACAUUGCAUACAUGGCCUUCGGUAGUGACAUCGAAGAGGAGUUUGAGGGUGAAACGGAGCGACUAGGCGUGAUUGUUGCAGCUUUCCAAGAUGGCAGAGUAGACGUCUACCUCGACGUGGAGAAAGUCGAGGCACGAUGGGAACAUAAGAAGCAUCCAGAUAGCGAUCUUCCGAUGUUGGCAGUCUACGAGACUAUUGACCUCGGCAUUGUUGAUAUGCUGUCCAAGGUCGCCACAUCAACAUCGGAAUCCGCUCUACUCGACCUGAUCCAAGCAAACCACCCUGUAUUCCUAUCUGAUCCCAUCCAUGAUGAUAUGAUCUACGUAUAUCAUGCCUUCGGUGUCCAUGCUCUACAGUUAGGGCCCGUACUCCGCAGUCUUGCCCAUGCUCUUCGAAACGUGGAUAACGAGAACGAUCUGCAGUACUCCGUGCAGGAUAGCGCAGGCACGGAUGUGCAACCGAUCCUAUUGACAUUCUCUAUUGAGCGAAAGAGCUCAAAUCCUGUCAUAGGGGUUUCGAUACCGGACGAUGUUUAUCCGACAUACAGCAUCUUCAUCUUGACGUCCACCAUGCGUAUCGAGAUAUCUCCUUUGAACCUGCGUUCGGACAUGCCUUUCUCUCUCAUGGCGGAAUCGCCAUCGGUUUCAAAGGAGGAAGGCCCAUUUGCACUAUCGCUUCCGGCUGCUGGUCCACCCGCAUACAUCUCCUUGCUAGGUCUGGAGCCGUAUACUCCACCUUCAAACGUGUCCAAGUCAUCAAGUCCCCGCGUAUCUCUUCCCCCCUCGCUAAGUCCAAGGGGCGAGUUCAUGGUCACUCCAGACACAUUGCGCUAUCUAGGCACGGUCGUGGAGCGCAUUACCCGUCAGCUGAGCGAGAUUAAUGUGGCUUAUCAUGACGCGGUUGUUCGCCAGGAGCUGCAGAAACAGGAGUUCGACCAGCAGCGGGAGAAGUGCAAGGAGAUGUUCGAUCUCGUUGAGUCACUGAAGGGGCCAAGAGUCACAGCGACGAAGGAGAAGAUAGACAAAUUGAAAGAGGCGCAAAAUUCGUUGAUGGCACGAAUGGAUCGGACGUUCCAGUUGUUGAUGAAGCAGGCAUCGCCGGAGUUGAGUGAGAGCGAAACAAAGUGGUUUGAGGAACUGAGGAGCAUGAAAGCCGAAGUGGCCGGCGUAAGCAAGUAUGAUGAGAAUUCUCUGGCAUACAGAAUACGGUUGCUCCAAAGAGAAGUCGAUAGGCUUCUACCACAGUUGAAGGAGAUGAAAGAGAAGGAGAGGCUGCGCAAGAAUAGGCUCCUUGACAGUGGCGAGACGCUAGGUGUCUCUCAAGCGUUCGAACUUGGCAAGCGAACCAAUACAGAGCGCGCCAAGAUCGAUAGCAUAGAGAACGAGAUCAUGAAAUUGGCAGCGAAGUUGGAUGUGACCUUAGGGCGACCACCUCAAUUGCAGGGCCCCGCCAUUCAAGAGUCGUGAAUGAUGUAAUUCUUCGUCGUGCUACCUCUGUACUUAAGUCCGAUCUUCGUGUUGUACACUAGCGCUUUCCAGAACAAGCUGUGGGGUUUUCUCAGAAAGGAACUUUUUCAUCGGAGU